UCUCUUUCCCUCGCUUUUUUACAGCUCUAAAGAGAGAGAGAGAGAGAGAGAGAGAGAGACAGACAGACAGACAGACAGACAGACAGAGAGCUGUGGGGCACUGGAUAAAAGUGUCACAGUCAAGGCCACGGAAAGAGAGAGUUUUUUCUUUCUCGUCCAGUGCCAGUUUUAGUCUGCCUGUUGUUUAUCCUCGCCCCUGGACAUCUACUUUGUUUGAGACGCUCAUAGGAAGCGACGGGUCGAGCGAGAGUGAGCAUGGGUGUCCCGCUGGGUGACUGUGUGGGGCUGCGGCUGGUGAUCCUCCUGGCCUUAGGCGUGAUGGAUCGGGGGGCUGAGGGAUGUACCUGCCAACCCGCACAUCCGCAAGAGCACUUCUGCCAGUCUGAAAUAGUGAUCCGGGCUAAGAUAUCUGGAGAGAAGAUCAUAUCUCCAAGCAACAGUUCUUCACCCUACCAGAAGAUGAUUCAGUACGAGAUCAAGUUAAUCAAGAUGUUCAAAGGUUUUGACAAAGUGAAGGACAUUCAGUACGUCUACACUCCAGUCUUUUCCUCUUUGUGUGGCGUUAAGCUGGAUGCAAGCAACAAGGUUCAAUAUUUGCUUUCAGGAAACAUGUGGAGUGAAGGAAAAGUCUCAAUUGGACUGUGUGACUUCAUCGAGCCAUGGGACAACCUCUCACUGGCUCAGAAAAAGAACCUCAACUACAGAUACCAAAUGGGCUGCGACUGCACAAUUUCUACCUGUUACACGGCCCCCUGCUGUACCGCCUCUGAAAACGAGUGCCUAUGGACGGACUGGCUUCUGGACUACAAGCGAAGCAGAGAACAGGCCCGCCAGUACGCCUGCAUCAAACGCAGCGACGGCUCAUGCAGCUGGUACAGGGGGAGCGGUUCUCCUGACAACGAUUUCAUGGACGCGUCUGACCCUUGAGGACUCGAAGCUUUGGGGGAAACACGGCUUGCUGCAAAAUUUUAGGCAAAGUCGGUGAGGGCGACGCCCUUGGUUUUCUAUUGGUCUGUAGAACUCUGCUGUCAGUGCAUCUCUUAGUAAGGUGUGUCACGGCCCAGCUGGGCCACUCGAAUGAAUGUAAGACUGAUAUUGUAUAAUUGCUGUGUAGUUCACCACUGAGUGAACUGUUUCAGAGAGCUCGCAACUCACUCACACUUACUCUAAUGUUUGAAAUUCAGUGUUGGAUGGGAGCGUCUGUGGGUACCUAUCUUGGCUGAGGCAGGAAUGUUUUUAGGGAAAACAGCAUGGUUAUGCGCUCUAUUCAGCUUCAAAUAACUUCAUUUCAUUUAUUUCUACAAUCAAUUUUGGUAAUACUUACUGUACGGCAGUGUUCACAAGACUACACACCUACAUAAGUUCUGCAUGACAACUGACAUAAACCUUCAUAAACAAUUGUUCUCAUACGCAUCAUUUCUCAUAUAACUCAUACAAAUAGUUUUCUCAUAUUAACACUUGCAAAUGCAAUCAUAUGUAACUUUAUUGGACACAUUCCAAAACUAUCUGACUUAAUAUGGAAUUUGCUUUACACAACUCCAACGUUUGUGCCUAGUGAUCUUAGAUUUGGGUGCAGCUGCUCAGCCAUGGAAACUCAUUUCAUGAAGCUCCCAGUUCUUGUACUUCCAGAAGCAAUGCAGAACUCUUGGUGAAGCACUUGGUGAACCGACUCUGUGAGUUUGCAUGGUCUACCACUUCAUGGCUGAGCUGUUGUUACUCCUAGAUGCUUCUACUUCACAGUAAUAGCACUUACAGUUGACAGGGACAGAUCUAGUAGGACAGAUGUUUCACAAACUGACUUAUGGCAGAAGUGGCAUCUUAUGACAGUGCCAUGUUCAAUGUUACUGAACUCUUCAGUAUGAAGAGUUAUACACCUUUUAGUAAUGGGUGUAGCUAAAACACCUGAACUCCUGAAUGUGUGACCACAUACUUUUUGCCAUUUAGCGUACACUAUGUUACAAAGUCAGCCACCCAAAAAAGUUUCAUAACACAACCCAGUGUCAGAAUGAAUCUGUCACCUGCCUGUUGGAAUAAACCUUUAUAAAUGUUUAUGCAGAUUUAUGUCAGUUGUCAUGGCUAGCUCAUAUAGCCUUAUGAAUACUGCCCCACGGUCAAGUGUUAUCAACUUUUCUUAUGCCAGAAAUCUUUUUUUUAAUCAUGUGUCAGAUAUAUGCAUAUUUAUAAAUGUUUUGGGAUCUUCCUUCAGUUUUCUGUCCUGUGGGAAUGUAUAUAUUUGUAUGGUAAUUCCACUCCAUUUUGCAAGUUUUCAGUCGCCUGCCAUUGAUACACUGUAUAAGUUUCUGACCACCCCAACAGAGAAUCCUUUUGUGAAUGCUUUUAAAUACCCACCCAGCUAGUUAGCCCAAUAGUAUCUGUUUGCAAAGCUAUGUUAUGGUGUGUUUAAAGUCUAUAUUCAUGUUUUUUUGCAGUAGGAAUUCAGUAUUCGUAUAUCUGAAUCUUUGUAGCUAAGUUUUCUGCAAAGUAUUGUAUACUGUACUUGAGCCAAUGUUUUUAUUGUGCCAAAAAGCUAAUGCUUUGUUUCUGCUUUAACAUAUCUGAUAGAGAUUGAUGUUUGAAGUUUCUGUUGCUACUUAUGACACAUACACAAAAAGUGUUCUGGUAACACUUUACUUAACAUUAAAAUUAUAAUGUAUAACUACAUCACUGCAAAAAUUAUAUCACGGUGAGUGAAAUCAUUUUAUAUGUAGUGAAUAUAAUGAAAAUGUCAUUUUGAGGUUGCUGUAAGUUUAUAGUAACAUUUUAAACAUAUUUCAGGUUGUUUUAAAACUUCUCAUUGUAUUGGCAGAUAAUUUUCUUUUUAAUAAGUGAAAUUAUUUCACUAGUAAUACUUAACUUGCUUAAAGCAAGCAAAAUGUUAAAAAAAAGGUUAAAAAAUCUUAUACAUAGUAAUCUAAAAAUGACAAAUAUUAGAUAUGUUCAUUGGAUAUAAGAUGAUUUCACUUGCUCUGGUAUCAUUUUUGCUAUUUCUAUAUAAAACCCUUCUAUAAUGUCCUAUAAAGUGCUAAAGAGUCUUACCACCUCCUGCCACAAUGACAUGUUCACUGUACAUCAAGUCCCACACGUAUACUGUACUGUGUAUGUAUUAUUAAGUAAAGUGUUACCAGUAUUUCUAUAUGAAUUUGUAUUUUUUGGCUAUGCAUAGUUUUCUAUUUUACUGUACCAAAAAAUGAUGACAUGUCAUGAAACAAUGUCUGAUUUCUGCUCUAAAAUUAUAUCUUUAGCUUCAUCGUCAUCAUCACUGCUUGUUUAAAAUAGUCAUUCCCACUUUAAAAAAGUUAUUUUUAAAUAAAUGACACUGAGUUGGUA